ACGCGUGCAGCUUGAAGGUCAGCGCAGUUCUACUUGACGCUUUUCCACUGUGGGCUCCUUCUGACAUCUCGCUCUCCUUCACAGAGAGGGGCUUUUAGCAUUUGUUCACCCCCCCACCCCCUGACUCUAAAGCAGUCCCAGAUGCGCCUCUUUGAGCUUGUGCGAGCAAGGGCGCGUCAGUGUGCAUUGCGUGGAAGUUCGAGGAGAGCCGAAUAGAAGGGGCAGGGCGAGAAGACCAGCUUGGAUUCUGCAUAUCUCUUUUCUUCUUCUUCUUUUUUUUAUUUAUUUUUUUUUUUAAAUAAAACUUUUUUUAAGGUAUGAACGCAGAUACGUGCGUCUCAUACUGCGACAUGACUUCGAUGGAUGCGUAUUAUAGUCCGCCUGCCUCGCAAGGUAGGGAGCACCAGGCGAACCCGUUCAGGACAUUCGGCAGUACCGAAGCCAAAUACAGCCCCACGUUCGGGGCGAGUAAAGCGCAGACGUACGGGGAGAAGUCCCGGAGUCCUUUCCAGACCGAGUGCCAAUCGCUGGACGGCGCGGAGGGAGAGGGCCCCUUCCACAAGUACCAGCUCUUCAUGCACAGACCCACCUGCAAGACGCCCCCCGAGGGCGGCAAGCUGCACACGGACGGAGGCCCCAACGGCAUCCUCCCCUGCUACGGAAAAGACAACGGCCUGACAGAGUCUGAGUUGCCCUCCAGCGUUGACCCCCCUGGGAUGGAGAGCAGCUACCUAAAUCUAAAGGAAGCAGGAGCGAAGGGGUCAGGCGAGCGUCCCGGCUCAGAUCUUUCCAGCCCUCUGGAUAAAAGCGAGGCCGAGAGCAACAAAGGCAAGAAGAGGCGCAAUCGCACUACGUUUACCAGCUAUCAGCUGGAGGAGCUGGAGAAGGUUUUCCAGAAGACACACUACCCGGAUGUGUAUGCUCGUGAGCAGCUGGCACUCAGAACAGACCUGACGGAAGCUCGCGUUCAGGUGUGGUUCCAGAAUCGCAGGGCCAAGUGGAGGAAGAGGGAGCGCUUUGGCCAAAUGCAACAGGUUCGAACGCAUUUCUCCACGGCUUAUGAGCUGCCUCUUCUAACUCGGCCCGAGAACUAUGCGCAGAUGCAAAACCCUUCAUGGAUCGGUGGCAGCAGCGGAGCCUCUCCAGUGCCGGGCUGUGUUGUUCCUUGCGAUACCGUCCCCCCCUGCAUGCCCCCUCAUCCUCAUAGUCACGGGGGGGUCCCCGACUUUCUGGGUGUGCCAAGCCCAGGGAGCAGCCACAUGGGACAGACGCAGAUGGGCAGCCUUUUUGGGGGACCUGGAAUGGUCGGGGGGAUUAAUGGCUACGAUCUCAAUGUCGACCCGGACCGCAAGUCUUCCAGCAUAGCAGCGCUGCGUAUGAAGGCCAAGGAGCACAGUGCCGCCAUUUCUUGGGCCACAUGAUGUUCCAACCAAGCCCCAACCCCCGCCCCCCCCAGUUGGCCGCUUCUCUUCAGCAGCCAUCAUCAAGCACUGCGGGGGAGUUUUGCUGAGAGCACUAAUGAUAACACAGGUCAAAUGAACAGGGAGAGGCUGUAGAGAUAGCAUGGACCAUUGUAGCGGCCAACACAAUGGAGAUAACAACUGUGACAGUGACAAUAAGCAGAAACUGAAAGUUCCAAAAUGUAGAGGAGAAAAUCAGAUGCAAGCGUUUCUGAUUCCUCUCCGUCUCAGGUCUUGGUCAAAUACUUGGUGAAACGGACAAAACAAUCAUUUUCAGGA